GUCACUUCCGCCGAGUUUCCGCUUUCCACCCGGAGGAGCAAGAAUGCGAUCAGGUCGUUUUUUCUAAUUGAUAAUUGUUCUAUGUGUCGUUCAUAGAGGAUACUGCAAUUUACCUGUUAUUUGCUGUCUGUCAUUCGGAAGGUUAUCUCCUUUCUCUGUUGGGGAUAUCCAUCUUAUCUCCAGCUUGAAAUUCUUUCGUGAAAUAUCCAUGGCAUUGAUUACUUUCCGGUAGCCCGUGACUUUGACGUCGGAUUCUCCUCACCACCAUCCAACCGGGCUUCCUGCCUGGAUGUACUAGUACUCAUGUCUGCUGUCGCACCAGAACAUGUACAUGAUUCAUCACCGAUCAGCUCCAGAAACCCUCAGCCUUAUCGCGUAAUAGCGGACGCCGUCCCGCACUCACAUCUUCAGAUGGAACAAGUCGCAGAUUCAAGACCAGCACGAGGACCCACGACUGGUGAUAUAAGUAGGAACGCAACGGUAGCCACGACACAAACGACUGCCGUCGAUGAUGCUUCGUCACCGGGUUAUAAAAAGAAUGGCCUCGGAGGCCCACAACAGAUGAACAAGCGGAGUUUGGACUAUGUAUUAAGGAGUGGCCUUGCGGGGGGUGUGGCGGGGUGUGCGGCAAAAACGGUGGUUGCGCCGCUUGACCGUGUCAAAAUCCUUUUCCAAGCGUCGAACCCGCAGUUCGCCAAGUAUACAGGCAGCUGGUCUGGCCUGUUAUUCGCGGUUCGGGACAUUAAUCGUCACGAAGGGAGGAGAGGCCUGUUUAAAGGUCAUUCUGCGACCCUUCUCCGCAUUUUCCCUUAUGCCGCCAUCAAGUUUCUCGCAUAUGAACAGAUCCGAGCGGUGAUAAUCCCGUCCCGGGACAAGGAAACACCAUUCCGCCGCUUGAUUUCUGGGAGUCUGGCGGGGAUCACAUCGGUUUUUUUUACGUAUCCGUUGGAGCUCAUUCGAGUACGAUUGGCGUUCGAGACUAAGCGAUCUUCUCGCUCUUCCUUUACGGAUAUUUUCCGACAGAUCUACCGCGAGCGGGUUUCGCCGCCUUCCGUACCAAGCGGUCUCUCAUCCAGCCCCUCGGCCUCAGCUGCAGUCACUGCCACGACUGAAGUCUCCUCUGCUGUGAAUAAAGUAGUUCCUAGCUCUGGACUGGCGAACUUUUAUCGUGGAUUUACGCCUACCCUCCUGGGGAUGCUUCCCUAUGCGGGAGUGUCUUUCCUUACGCAUGACACCGUUGGUGACUGGCUUCGGUCACCGGGACUCUCGCAAUACACAACUAUUCCAGGAUCUGAAUUGCAGUCCAAGAAAGGUUCACAUCGCGCUCAACUGACCGCCGCGGCGGAACUUUUCUCUGGGGCCCUUGCCGGUCUUGUCUCUCAGACGUCAUCCUACCCGCUGGAGGUCAUCCGGCGGCGAAUGCAAGUAGGAGGAGUAGUGGGCGAUGGUCAUCGACUAGGAAUCGCCGAGACGGCUCGGACGAUCUGGCUUGAGAGAGGCUUCCGGGGGUUCUGGGUUGGUCUGAGCAUUGGAUACCUCAAAAUUAUUCCUAUGACAGCCGUGAGCUUUUUCGUGUACGAGCGGAUGAAAUGGUCCCUGGGGAUUUGAGAAUGUUGAAGCGACUGAUUGUAUAUUUCUUUAUUUCGCUUCGACCUUUCCAUUUGGGCAAGACUAGAGACAUCUUGUCAUGUUGACUCCGGUUUUCUACUGUUUUCCUUAGAUAUUGUUUUUUUUCCCCUUCCCAUCUUACCUAGAUCCAGAGGUAUUGGCGUCGUUUGGUUGUCAUGGUUGACAUUGUUCAUACCCAUUCUUUGCAUAGUGAGGCAAGAGCUGCCUCUGGUGGUACUGUACAUAGAGCACAUAGUUGGAAUUUUGUGCAUGAACAGGAGUGUUUAUAGAUGAAGAAUAUACAUCUUGAAAAG